AUGGCGCUCGUCACGCUCUCCGUGUACGACAUCAAGCACCCGGGAAACGAGGGGGUGACGAGCGCGGUGGCGUCGUUGAACGCGCUCACGCGGGACGGCUUGCGUCUGGGUGGCAUCUUCCACGGCGGCGUCGAGGUCUACGGCGACGAGUGGUCGUUCGGAUACAUCGACCGAGGGACGGGGGUGUACAGGUGUCAACCGAAAAAGAACCCGAUGUACGCGUACAGGGAGAGCGUGGCGCUGGGGGUGACGUCGCUGAGCCCGGCGCGCGUGAGCGCGGCGGUGGCGGCGUUAAAGGCGGCGUGGGACGGACCCUCGUACGAUGCGCUCGGAAGGAAUUGUAAUCACUUUUGUGAGGCGCUGUGCGAGGCGCUGGGGUGCGAGGGACCGCCGAAGUGGUUGAACUCGUUCGCGAAUAACGCGCGAGGGGUGCGGGACGCCGCGGUGAGCGCGCGAGAGGCGACGGAACGCGCGGUGGAGGGCGCGUGGGCGUGGAUCGCGAGCGCGACGUCGCAGUCGACGAGUAGUGUAUCCACCGUGCGCACCGCGGGGGAGGGCGCGGAGGAGGGAGCGCGCGAGAGAGAGUUUGAUUCAGAGGCGACGAGCGCGACGGACGACGCGCCGCACGGCGACGCGGGACGAGAGACGCGGUGA